UGGCUUUGUACAUGUGUACAUACCACGAGUGUAGUCAACACUAGAUCCAGAGGGGUGGAUUAGUAAAUAAAACUUUCACCGUUAGACAACAAAAACCAAAAAAAAACCUGAUUAUUCAAUUUCAUAGCGAUGAAAACCUUUUAAAUGGCACGGCAGCUGACCCCCUUUCCCGUGCCCGACUACGCCCUUGGUACAUACGCUGUUCGUUGAGUUUGCGAAGCCGACUACGAAUGAACGAAACAAAAACGAUGAAGAAUAGAAGGCGAUGAAACCGAAACGAAACCCGUACAUAUGUGUGCGCCUGUUUGUGUGCGGCGAGGGACGGGAGAGAACAACGCGCCUGUUGCAAAAUUCAGUGCUGCACUCUGAUUCGUGACGAAAGGAUGUACGCCCGGUUGUAGUCGAAUGAAUCCGUGUACAUCAUCGCCACCGCAGAUGCCACGUGGCGCUGGAUCUGUGGAGAACUCCACCCUGGAAUCGCACGGCCUACAGCUGCUCGAGAUGGCUGGAAAGGAGGACUAUGAGGAGCUGCGCGAGCUUCUGCAGUCCUGGGAUGUUGCAGAUCUGCUGCCGCACCUUCAAGAUGAGGCCAUCAACGUAGACGAGCUGCAGAUGAUUAAACGUCAUCACCUGUCCGAGUUGCUGCGGAACUUUCGCUUCGGAACCCGCAUUCGCUUCGAGCACCACUUGGAGCGCUGGCGCCGCUGGCUGAACGUGCCGCUCCAGGGCGUGCAGGGUCAGGGGUCGGUCCACUGCACCGGUUGCCGCUGCCCGGAGGUUCAAUCGCAGUCCCAGGCGCAGUCCCAUUUCCCUGGGCAGACCGCCCUGGAUGCAGGCCCUCCAUCCGAGCUGGAAGACACACCGAAGCCCGACGAUCUCGCAAAGACAAUACCGGCGGAAUCGCUGGUGGCCCUCGCUCAACCCAUGCCAUUGCCCGUUGCCUUUCCAUUGCCCAUUGUUCAGCCGCCUACGCAGGCUGCUAACGAAGCGAUGAUAAUGGUUAAGCAGGAGCACAUGGCGUUGCAGCAACCCAGGAGAGUGGAAAGUGAACCGGGCCCUGGCUCUUCGGGGGGAGCAUCAGCCAGCAAGGAGGAGCAAAGUGCGGCUGCUGACCAUGAAGUCAGCAUUCUGGGCAUCCUGCGAGCCUCGGGCGCCAGGGCGCAGGUCCUGAUGGAUCGCAUUGGACACAACGAGCCCCUGGAUGCAGUGCAGCGCCUCCUGCUCAUCCAGCUGGUGUGCAGCUUCUACGAGGAAAACCAGUUGCACCUGACCCUGCAGAGGAGUCACCUCUUGGAGAGCGAGAUCCUGGAGCUUUACCCGCAGGAGCAGCUCCACUAUUACCGCACUGAGAGGCGGGGUAAAAUAUACGUGAGGUUUACCAACAUGAAGAGGAGCAAGAGGCUAAGUUCGUCGCGCCAGGAGCUUAAGCGACGACGUUCCGAGCUCAUUAGAUCGAUGCCAGCUGAUCAGGAACAUGGACAUGUUGCCACUGCGACCUUUGCCGGGGAACCAGGAGGAAUCUCCAGUCCGGACCGCUCCGAUUGAGCCACUUUUAAUAAGCCCUAGGCAGCUAAUCACAAAACCUUAGACUAAACUCUAAGACUAAUCCUAGGUUAAGCUAUCUACUUGAUGUGUAAAUUCUUUAUGUUAUGUCUGUGAGCCGACGAUGUAUAGGGUAUUUUGCGGGUCGACGCGAUCCGCUGACUGACGGAACUAAAUCGAAACUGAUUUUGGUUA